GUACCUGAAGAAUACGAGGAAGAGAUACUGGAGACAUACGCAUCAAUAACAGAAGGGGGAACAGAUCUGUGUGUCGGCGAUUUACCAAAGUUCUUUCAUAGUCUACGUAUACCUAGAGAGUUUGUAAUUGGGAACGCAAGACUUGUACCCAAGGAAUUGGCCGUGGAAGGAACAACUCACGUUGAUUUCACAAAGCUGAUGACUGUAUCAUGCCAGUUGCUUUCAUUUAGAGAUAAUAGGCGGAUUAUAGAGGAGACCUGGAAUCAAUUGGCCAACUCAGUUGGUCAUGGACAUGUAUCUACAUUGAACCUUGAUGAUCUGAAAGUCUUAAACAAGGAUUUGAAAACUGGAAUGUCAGAUACGCUCUUGUUAGAUAUGCUCGUUGUUGCUACUGAAGGGAAGGGAGUUUCGGUGUCAAUGGUGGAUUUUGCCUACAUCCUAGGUAAAUUGGGCCAACUUACAAUACCCAAAUGA